AUGGAAAAAAUAAAUUAAUGUAAACAUAGAUUGCUAGUAGGAUGAGACUUAAGAGUUUGUGAUAUUUUUGCUCAGUCCCCAAGCCUUGGAAUGAAUCACAAAUCUACAUAUAAAUCGUCAUUUGGUGGUUUUACCUCAAUAACAACAAUAAUUCUGGUGUUUCUAUUUUUUUCAACAAAUUUUGUCGAUUAUUUGGAUGGAAAGAAUAUAAUUACUAAGUAAACUUAAAUUUAUGAUGACGAUCUAACUAAUCUGCAAUUGAAUGAUGAAGAUUUUAUAAUGGCAUUAGGAAUUGAUCAGAUUAACUUUUUAGAUCAACCAUACUUCACAAUAAAUCUCUAAUAAAGGUAUAACUAUUGAGGAUUAUAAAGGGAAUAUGAAAGACUCCCAAAUGGAACAGUUAUUAAAAACAUUACCUAACUUCCUUUGGUUCCAUGCACUUUAGAGCGUUUCUAAUAAAUUUUUGAUCGCUAUGGAAAGAACUUUUCAGAUGAUUUCGAGAGACUUUAACUUAAGAACUUGCUUUGUCCACAGUAAUGUAUUUGUAAAUAAUGAUAGAACAUAAAUUAAUUUGAAUAUCGGAGGAACAUAUACAUGUAUAUUAGAAAUUUUAUUAAGCCAAUAAUUUUAACUUUCUCAAAAUCGAAGUUACGCCAUGCAAUUAAAGUGCUUCAACUGAUAGAAUAUGUGCAUCAGAUGAUGAAAUAAAACAACAAUUAGAAGAGGCUGGUAAUUUUAAGGUACAGGUAUAUGCAGUCAAUAAGGUAGUGUAUGUAAUCUUAAAAGUAGGUAAUAAAUCCAAAUAAAAUUGGAUCGGACUACGUAUCUAUUUAUUUGGAUGAUCAAAGUUACUUAUCGUUUGUGCCUAAUAAGAUAAGCAAAUAUGCAAACAUUUACUUUAGAUAAUAUUAAUUUUAAAAUAGUCUUGAUCUUUAUCCAUUUAAGUAAGAACAUCAUUGUGAAUUUGAAGUGAGGAUCAGAAUCUGAAUUUUGUUUCGAUUGAUAAUACAGAGACCAAGGAAAUAACUGAUUUGGGAAGGGAUUCCGAUACUAUUUAUGCAGCAUUCUAUUUUCGUAAAAGUCCAAUCACUAUUUUGGUUGAGAGGAAGAAUUAAAAUGUUACUGAUUUGCUAUCUAAAUUGGGGGGUUUACUAUAGAUAUCCUUAAUUGUUAUGGGAUUCAUCAUAUCAGCGUAUAAUAAAAUAACAAGUUAGCGUUUGUUUUAAAUUAAGUAGUGUUUGUCGAAUUGUCGAAUAAGAUUUAUGAGUUUAGUCCUGAUGUUGAAGAGUAGACUAAAUAGCAUUAAUAAAAUCUAAAAUUAAUAGAUAAUGCUUAUGAAGAAAAGUAGUUCAAACAAGAAUACUAUGUGAAUAGAGAAGGUUAUUAAUAAAAGAUUCCCAAUAGCGAAAUUAAACACAAAAGCAAAAUCCUCAGGCUUUUCGGUAAAAGCCAACCUGAUAAACAUAUUAUGCUGAUUGAUCGUCCAACAACUGAAAACAAUGAGUGCGUUAAUCAAGGCUUGAAUGAUAAUGAAGAUAAGAGUAAUUAAAAUACAUAGCUGGCAAUUAAAGAUCAUAAUAUUUUGGCUUAAAGGCUUAAUUGUGUAAGCGGAUUAGAUUACUUUAAAAAAUAAAUCAAUCUUAUAUUAAAUCGAUCAUAACCUUUAAGAUUUAAUAUGAAGAUCUUUGUGAAUUAGUUGUGUCUGAGAAAGGCUUUCUCGAACUCCCUUUCUGUCCUGUUUUAUAAUCAAGCAGUGUAUAAUAAUAAAUGAUUUAAUAAUAGUGAUAAAAUCAAUGAACAAUUGGAUGUGUUUAAUAUCUUGACUAAAUUGAAUGAGAUCGAUAAACUUAAAGAAAUAUUACUUACGAAUUCUUAGUAAUUAUUAUUUGAUUUUGCAUCAAAACCAAUUAUUUCAAUGAUAGAGGAGAAGGAGAUGCCAAUUUCAAGAACUUUCCUGGAAAAUAGGGCGAGACACACGUAAAUGUUUGGUAUUAUUAUUAAGAAAUGUGCCUUUUUAAGGGAAAAAAUCCAGGAAAAGUUAGGUGAUAUAAACUAGUAAUAAAUCCUUUUUUCGGACCCAAAGCAUUGAUAGGGAUAAUAGAAUUUACAAUAGAAUAUAUAGGGUAUUUGAAUAAAUUGAGAUAGGCAUAUGAUCUGAUAUUGUAAUAGAGUGCAGACUAACACCCUCAACAUGAAGUGAAUAGAAAAUUGAUAAAGAAACUUGGAGAUGAAAUGUAAGCCAUUUUCAAAUUGUCUAAAUUGCUUGACUUUGAUGGAAUCAGGAGAUUGAGAGCCAAUUCAAAUAUAGAUCUAAUAUGCAGGAACACUCAAAAUGCUCCUGAAGAGAUGGCAAGCAAAUGA